GUCCGUCUGCGCGCAGCACGGCAGAGCUCCGAUGCCGUGCUGCGCGCAUCGCUCUACCGCGCGAGAAUUUUUGAAGAGCCCUGCCAUACAGCAAUGGAUAAACGCCCUGUUUUAUAAAUAAUGCGCACCAGGCACCAGCGGUGAUUGAGAAGUGGGUAUACGCAAUGCUGACUGAAAAAUAAGUGGGUAUACGCCGUAUACCAGCGUAUACCCUGGACUACACCACUGCCUUCGUCGUGGAAUGCAGAGUUCCCCUUCCAUAGCUCCGUGUCGCCGGCUCUGGGUCGGGCCGUGUGAGGAAACACUCGGCCUGGAAACAGACACAACAUCUCGGAAUGGAGGAGGGGUCAGGGGCCCUCCGCCCCGCCCCGCUGCGGGCUGAACUUUACUCACACAUCUCGCUGCGCUGCAUUACGCUCGGCUCCUCGCGCACGGAAGCCCACCGGCCCCCCGCGCGCGCUGCAACAUGUACAUUUUGUUCACGGUGGUCGCGGGACUGGCGCUGCUGGCCCUCUCGCUGCUGCGGACCUUGUGGCCUCACCUCGGAGAGGACUGCACCUACAUCCUGGCCUGCCUGAAGCUCGGCUUCAGGCUCUUCAAGUACAAGUCGUGCAAACCUUUCUACAGCGUCCUGGACUGCUUCUUGGACGCCGCGAAGAAGCAUCCCGGGAAGGUCUUCGUGCACUUUGAAGGACGCCAGUAUACUUAUGGAGACAUGGACAAGCAGAGCAACAAGGUGGCGCGCGCGCUGCAGGCUGAAGCCCGGCUGAAGGAGGGGGACGCGGUCGCCUUGUUUCUGGCCAACGAGCCCAGCUACAUGUGGACUUGGCUCGGUUUGGCCAAGUUGGGAUGUCCGACGGCUCUGCUUAACAUCAACAUCCGAUCCAAGUCUCUGCUGCACUGCUUCUUCUGCUGCGGGGCCAAAGUGAUCAUCGCCUCUCAAGAGCUGCAGGGGGCCCUGGAGGAGGUGCUGCCGACGCUGAGAGAGCAGGGCAUCAGCGUGUACCUCAUGGCCGACAGCUGCAGCAUCCAGGGCAUCGACACGCUGUCCGACAAGAUCUCCCGGGCCUCCGACCUGCCGCUGCCCCGCGACCUCAGAGCCAACGUCGGCAUCAAGAGCACCGCGUUGUACAUCUACACGUCGGGCACCACCGGUUUGCCGAAAGCAGCCGUCGUCACCCACGAGAGGCUCUGGGCCGCCUCCUUCGUCCAGGCGGCGUGUGGAGUCACAUCCGAGGACGUCUUCUACAUCAACCUCCCCCUCUACCACAGCGCGGGCUUCCUCAUCGGGAUGAUCGGCGGCAUGGAGAGGGGCAUCACCAUCUUUCUGAAGAGAAAGUUCUCCGUCUCUCAGUUCUGGGACGACUGCAGGAAGUACGACGUGACGGUGAUGCAGUACAUCGGGGAGACCAUGCGCUACCUCUGCAACACGCCCAGGAAAGACGGCGAGAAGAACCACAAGGUGAGGAUCGCCAUCGGCAACGGAGUGCGGACGGACAUCUGGACCGAGUUUCUCGACCGCUUCGGGGACAUCAAAGUGAGGGAGCUGUACGCGGCCACGGAGGGAAACAUCGGCUUCAUCAACUACACGUCCAAAGUCGGGGCAGUCGGACGAGUCAAUUUUGUCCACAGGUUUUUCUUCCCGUACACUUUGAUUAAGUUUGACACUGAGAAGGAGGAGCCUAUCAGGAACUCUGAGGGCCUGUGCAUCGAGGCAGCCACAGGCGAGACGGGCCUCCUGGUUGGACGGGUCACUCGGAGGUCGCCCUUUGUCGGGUACGCCGGCAACCAGCAGCAGACGGAGAAGAAGAGGCUCCGUGACGUGAUGAAGAAAGGAGACCUGUACUUCAACACCGGAGAUUUGCUUUGGUUUGACGACAUGAAGUUUGUGUACUUUCAGGAUCGCGUUGGCGACACUUUCAGAUGGAAAGGGGAAAACGUUGCCACCUCGGAGGUCGCAGACAUUCUCACAAUGGCGAACUGCAUUUUUGAAGCAAACGUCUACGGUGUUAAAGUUGAAGGUCACGAGGGUCGGAUCGGCAUGGCAGCGGUCACUCUGAAAGAAGGAGGAGACUUUGAUUGUUUGCACACCUACAAGCAGGUGGUCACUUACCUCCCAGCGUACGCACGGCCUCGAUUCAUCCGGGUCCAGCCUUGCCUGGAGAUGACGGGGACGUUCAAGAUGAAGAAGGUGAAGUUGGUGGAGGAGGGAUUCGAUCCAGCUCACAUCGAAGAUCCUUUAUACUUUUUAGACCCUGAGAAACAGACGUACGUUCCCCUGACCGAAGACAUCUACAGCGCCAUCGCUCGUUGGGAGAUAAGACUCUAACGCGGAAGACUUUAAACCAGACGACCCGUUGGUUCUCAAAGAUGUAACAGCUCACUUUUAGACAUUUUUUUGACAGUCUACUAAUCUCAGGGACGGACUGACUUUGAAAGUUAAUGUUUUAACCCUCCGGUUUAGUUUUUUUAAUCCUCGGAAUCUAUUUCACUUCAUCAAUUCAAACCCCGAGAAAAUGAUUUACUUUAUGUGUGGGGUAGUUUUGCGAUAAAACACAACCCCAGAAUCUUCUGCCGGUGUUUGAGCGGCGACCUCGAGGGUCUCGCUCUCAUCAGAGGGGACGCCUCAAGAUCUGAGAGCUGUGGCUCCUCAGCCUCACUGGCACAACACGGGCCACGUCAGGGUUCCCACGCUACAGCGCUGUGCUGUGGCAGGCGGGGCCCUUAAAUAUUGCAUAUUAAUAUCAGCCAAAACAAUGUCUCGUGUGUUUACACGGCUGGGGAGAACUGAUCUAUACAACACGUGUGAAGGACAUUUCCUGUGACGAGGAAAGGUCAUAAAAAUGAAGCAAAAAAACGAUGUCAGAGACGUUAAGAUAAUAAGGGUUGAAAGACUACUUUUUAUAUUAACACAACUACCGUGCAUCUUCACAGCUUUUGUAAAUGUCUUCCUUUAAUGCUGCCAGUAUUUGAUAUACAAGUAUGUCUUACUGCCAUCGAUGUACUUUUAAUAAUUAAACUGGUUGUAUUUUUUUC